UCCGCUCACUGCGUCGGUCCCGGUUGCAGUUCCUUCCCCCUCGUGCCCUCAUCGUCCUUCCGUCGCAUCCCGUUGCGCCCACUGGUACACGUCACUCCUGCGCAAAGCGAACCUUCAAAGAAACCGCAUCAUCCAUUUUCAGACGAUCUCUUCCAAAUUUUUUUUUUCUGAUUGAUUUCUCUGUAUCCUUUUACCUCGUUCGCUUGCAUCUAGCUUCCCAUACAAACCGUAGCUAUGCAUCGCACCUACUCCAUGCGCCAAUCGCGCAUGCCCACCGCAUCGCAGAUUGAGAAUCCGCCUCCGCCGUUGUCCACGACCAAGACAAACCGAUGGAUUGGGAAAGGCGGCUUCGGCCAUGCCUUCCGUAAGAAUGCCGCCGGCGCAUUCGGACCCGACCUUGCAAGGAAGCUCUCCCAGCUCGUUAAGAUGGAGAAGAAUGUCAUGCGCAGUAUGGAAAUGGUAGCCAAGGAGCGCAUGGAGACCGCUCAACAAUUGUCCAUCUGGGGUGAGAACUGUGAUGAGGACGUGUCCGACAUCACGGACAAGAUCGGCGUGUUGCUCUAUGAAAUUGGAGAGCUGGAAGACCUCUAUGUCGACCGUUAUGAUCAGUACCGUGUCACCAUCAAGAGCAUUCGCAACAUCGAAGCUUCCGUUCAGCCCAGCCGAGACCGCAAGCAAAAGAUCACCGAUGAGAUCGCCAAGCUCAAGUACAAGGACCCGAACUCUCCCCGGAUCGUUGUUCUCGAGCAAGAGCUGGUUCGCGCGGAGGCCGAGUCCCUCGUGGCCGAGGCUCAGCUUUCCAACAUUACUCGCGAGAAGCUCAAGGCAGCUUUCCAGUACCAGUUCGAUGCACUCCGUGAGCACUGUGAGAAGGUGGCCAUUAUCGCCGGCUACGGCAAACACCUUCUGGAUCUCAUCGACGAUACUCCAGUCACCCCCGGUGAAACUCGUGCCUCGUACGAUGGAUACGAUGCCAGCAAGGCUAUCAUCCAGGAUUGCGAAGAGGCACUCGCCAACUGGGUUACCUCCAAGGCCGCCGUCAAGUCCGACGUGUCACAGCGCACGCGCACCCUAUCUCAGCGUCGCCGAGAGGCUAUCGGCAAGAACCGCGAAGGCGUCGACCUUUCUACUCAGGACCAGCCCAUGAGGGGCGAUCGGGACUCGUGGGUCCCUGCUGAUCAACACGCAACUUAUGUUGAAGAUGGUGAGGAAGUCGCCAGCACCGUGGACGGAGAGGCUCGGGGUCGAGAAGAAGAACGCGAGCCUGUCAGCGUCUAAGGCGGCCGAUUGCAGCCACGAACAUCAACGUUGGUAUAUGAUACGUUGAUGGUUUUUGUCGAAUCCUCGUCUUUUCAUCCUUGUGAUACUCCGGAUUGAAGUCCCGCUUGAUGUAAUGUUGUCGUUUUGCCGUGAUUUCAUCUCUGUUCAUGUUACCACCCGUGUGUUAUUUACUACUCUUAAUUCAACCCUUCCAAGGGCACCUACCUGACAAGAUUGUAUCCAGAUGCCCAUUCUGGCCGUUGUACGCCUCGGAUCCGGCUGAUGAUGUCAUGACCCUCUUACUAUUCACG